AUGAAAAUUUUGAGGAUGAAAGAAAUGGUAUGGGGAAUGGUGAUGGUGACGAUGAUGAUAAGAAAGGCCAAAGCUGAAAUUCACUAUGUUGGAGGAAGCAAGCUUAAUUGGGCACCCCGUGUUAAUUUCUCAGAAUGGUCAUCUCAUGAACAUUUUUAUGUUGGCGAUUGGCUUUACUUUGGAUUUGACAAGAACAUAUACAAUGUGCUGGAGGUGAACAAGACUAGCUAUGAGAACUGCAUAGAGACAGAUUUCAUUAACAACAUAACAAGAGGUGGAAGAGAUGUGUUCCAACUCACAGAGCCCAGAUUCUAUUACUUCUUGAGUGGAAGAGGACACUGUUGGGAGGGAAUGAAAGUUGCUAUACAAGUUGUGAAUGGUGCACAACCUUCUCCUUCACCACUUCCACAAAGAAGUCCUGCUUCUGAUUUAGAUUUUAAUGGCAGCAUUCAGGUGCUUGUUCUCUCAGCCUUGGUCUGGAGGAUCUUCAGUCACUAG